AUGUAUUGGAAAGCCCUUGCCCUGGCAGCGGCCGUCAACGGUCAAGGCUUGAACGGCCUCAACCACUUACGGUUCGGGUGCUCCCAACUCACCGUCGAACGUCUGGAUCCUCUUGUCAAUCCAGGAGAGUUCCCGACGCCACAUAUGCAUCAAAUUAUCGGCGGUAACGCGUUUAACGCGUCCAUGCCCUACAAUACCGACAUCGCGAAUUUGGCAACCUGCACAACUUGCGGCCCGGCAGAUGACUUCUCCAACUACUGGACCGCCAACGUGUACUUCCGGGCGAGAAAUGGUAGCUACAAGCGCGUCCCGCAGGCGCCCAACCGCUUCCUGUUUAAUGAUCGUUUUACCACCCAAAUUACAGGCGGAGCCGUAGUUUAUUAUCCCUCACUGUGGGCCGAGUUCGAUAUUGCUCCCCGGGCCAAGACUGUGACUGCAUUCAAGCCUGGCUUCAGAAUGUUUGUUGGCGACGUAAAUCGACGAGAACCAAAAUACAAAAUGCAGAGCUGCUUCCGAUGCUACAGCGGGCCCAACUUCGGCGGCGAUGACAUGGCGCCGUGCGCUGAUUCCCGCCUCGACUUUGAAGGCUUCCCGACUGGUCCCUGUCUCGGUGGUAUAAGGUCCAACGUGUUGUACCCAACAUGCUGGGACGGGAAGAACCUCGACACGCCCAACCACAAGGAUCACGUCGCAUAUCCCACCUCCGGCCCCUCCAACUUCCUGUCUACCGGAAACUGCCCUGCCAGUCACCCCGUCAAAAUUCCGCAGCUCAUGCUUGAGAUUGUCUGGGACACGACCAAGUUCAACAACAAGGCUGAGUGGCCAGCCGAUGGCUCGCAGCCGUUUGUGUUGUCGACGGGUGACAAGACGGGGUACGGCCAGCACGGCGACUACGUCUUUGGGUGGAAGGGCGAUGCGCUCCAGCGGGCCAUGGAUGCCAAUGGUUGUUUCAGCGCCACUUGCGGAAACCAGAAGAGCCAGGAUAUUGCGACGGCGAACAAGUGCCAGAUCAAGAAGACGGUCCGUGAGGAUGUCGAAGGUUGGUUUAAUAGCCUUCCAGGUAGCCCAAUGGCGGCUUGA